UGAUAUUAAAUAAUUAAGUGGGCUAAUAUUGUAUAAAAGAAGUUGGGCCGACCCUAUGACCCAACCCGACCCAGCCCAGGCCGACCCAACAGGGCCAUACAGGACCAAAUGAGAAUAGGGUCGGGCCAAAUAUUUGAGCAUACAGGACUGGGUUUUUUUGGGUAGUGGCAGGGUCAGGGCUGGGUUUGGCCCAGUUUCACCCCUAUGUAGCAGGCUGCUGCCUGCAUGAGAAAUAAAGCUGAUUCUAAGUUUGGAUUAGCGAGCCCAGACCAUUUGAGCUCGGCCCAGAUAUUUUUGGGCUUUACCCAGAUAGGCUCGGCCUAUGUAGCCCUUUAAUUUUAAAAAUAUAAUAACGUAAAAAGCAAAUAAUAAUUAUAAAAAAAAAAGCGAGAGCGAGCGUGUCCGGUAAGCCAGGAAUCAACACAGGUGUCGACAUGUAAUUGGAGAAACUACGUGUGCCAGUAGAACCGUAUCUCUGGAAUUUGAUACCCAUCUCUCUCUCCGGUACGUGCGACGGAGAGCCACAAGAAAGAAAGGGGAAAGAAAGGAGUAAAUACAGUAGCAGUGGGGUUAGCUGAAGCCUGAAGGAAACCGAGCGUCUCACUCAAACCCAUUUUUCAGCAGCAAAAAAGUCGUAUCUUCCCGUGAGAGCAAAAAACCCCAACCCACAACCCAAAGAAAGGAAGAGAAAGAAAAUCCCACCGGAAAAUAAUGGCCAAGAAAUCCGCCACCGCUUCCUCCUCGUCCUUCUCCUUCUUCCGAUCCGUCUUCCCUGCCGCUGCCGGGACCGUCACCAUGGAGCCGAUCGAGGACGCGGUGGUGGUGGACGCAUCCGCCGCCGCCGACCUGUCCUCGUACUGGGAGUUCAUCAACGCCUCCGACGCCGACUCCUCCGACACCGAGUCGCUGCUCAGCGACGAGAACGGCUUCGUCUCCUUGCACGACGCGUCGGCGUCGCCAUCUCUGCUGAUCGCCGCCGUUGCUGCACCCGAGGCGGUGGAGGAAGAGUACACCGGAGGAGAUGAUGACGGAAUCGGAGGAUCGGGGAAAGAAGCGGUGGGUGGUGGCGUGAUCGUCGCUGCUACCGGGGAUCUCGGUCGGUCUAUUGUUGAGAGGAUUGUGGAAGGGCAGGUCUACGAUCUGUACGGUGGGCGAUUCUACGGGGAGGGAGAGGUGGACGACGAAGAAGACGAGGAAGAGGACGAUGAGUACGACGAGCUUGCGGCGUGGAACUUGAGCGGGAAGAUGGCGGGGAAGCAGAGGAUGAGGAAAGUGGGGAAGAAGGGUUGCCAGAACAAGAUCAGCAACGCCAAGCGCAACCCUUACAGUUACGUCAAGCGAGGGUGCGCUUAUGGGAAGCACAAAGCCUGAAGAAAACCCACGUCGGAAAAAAAUGGCGGUAAAGAAGUAAAUAAAACAGCAGCAACCAGAUCGGGAAGGUAACAAUUUGGGGGAAACACGGAACGAACUAUCCUUUCUUUUCUUUUUCUCUCUGUUUCUUCAUGUGAAUUCUGCAAAUUCAUGGAUUUUAGGGUUCGUCUUCUCCUAGUCUGAUUUCUAGGGAUUGCAAAUGUAAAUUAGGGGUAGUAGGAAUGUCCAGUUUGGUUGUUGCUUCUGUUACUGGAUGGAAAUAUUGUAGCUAUGGGUGGAUGGAUGGUUGAAUUUGAAAGAAUCGUCCUUAUUGGUGUACAUAGAUCAUGAUGAUCUCCGUAAUGAAUUCUUUUUCCUGAA